GACGAAGAAGCAGUUUAGUAUCGGCCGACGAAGGGAAGUUGUCGUGUCGUCCUUCGAUCGGAUUUUCCCAUGAGGCGUGCCAUUUCCGUUUUUCGCUGACAGUACUCGAACGAAACGCACGGCAAGCGGACACGCGACCAGGGAAACGAUCGACCAAGUUUUGUCACGAAACACGGCGCCCGUCACCGAAAGAAACGAUCGGUGGUGGUUCGCGCACGACAUGUGGCCAACAUUUCGGAGCAGCGCUAAGCUGUUCGCUAAAAAUACAUUUUUCAAACGAUCAGUAUGUUACCAGAUCGGUAAAAGCGAAUAUCAGUGAUGUUCAAGUGUCGGUAAGUCUGUAGAAUAAUGACAGUGGCAACGCGUGUCCAUCGCCGGCUAUUCCGGACACGAUCGUAAUUACUGAGAUUCUAAUUAUUCGCGUGCGAUAAUAUUCCGUGGUUACUCGUUAUUCUACUUGUCGCAUAUAUAUGUCGCACGAGAUAUCGUGCAUCGAUGGAGAGACCGUUUGUCACGGUUAUUAAGUGGACCUUCUUGUGACAAGACGAAAAUCAAUGAUAUAAAAUUUAAACAAAUGGGACAUCGUUGAAAAUCAUGAGGACGCGACAUCGAUUCUAUUGAUGUGCAAACGGAAACCGUGCACUUUAUCGAGCACGGUAAGGUUUGAUACACGAACGAUGAGCUACCGAUCAAGAUACGUCAGAAGUGUGAAAUUUCAAUAGAGAUACAUCGAGAUUCCUUGUUAAUGAUAUCAAAUGACAACGAUACCUUAGCUAACGUACAAGUGUUUAUUGUCGUGUAAAACACGCGAUAUUAUUGACAUGUGUGAAAAUCUGUGCCCUACGUGAACAAAGCAGAACUGUCACGGCUUGUAAGCGGAGUAGGAACACCGGUUAUCUGUUUCAAUGCUACUUUCAACGAAGAUGGAACAAGACUCGACGAAUAUUUAUCGGAAACAACAUUACAAGUAAAUUAUAUACAGGUCCCGGAAUAAUGAGGCCAUCUAUGAAAAUGGGGAUGCUCGCGGUGAUAGGUGUGUUCGUGGUGUUCUACCAGUAUCAUUUGUCCACCGGGGUUCGAUUCGAUCAGAUGUUCAACACGGACGGAUCGGUAGACGUGCCAGUACUGUCUCAGGAGGAAGUUGAAAAUUAUGUAAGGACGUCCAAGUUCACGGAACAAAUGGUCAAAAGCGCGGUGCGCAGAGUUCAAGAGACGAACGGGCUAAGCCCUGAUCUGGCAUCGUUGUUGGUCCAACAGCUAGUGAAUCACUUGAACAAGAAUAUCUUCGAAUCGUCCGAGAAUAAUUCCAAGAUCUUACGAUCACCGACAGUGACGAUGGUAACGCUGAAUCAUCAGCCUAUGGCCAAGCCUAACGAAACGCUGGAACCGCUCUACAUAAUCACGCCGACGUACAGAAGGCCUGAACAGAUACCAGAGCUCACCAGAAUGUCGCACACUUUGAUGCUGGUGAAGAACGUGCAUUGGCUGGUUAUAGAAGACGCGACUACCGCUACCAGACAAGUCACCAGGCUACUGGAACGAACGGGAUUAAAGUUUGAACAUUUAACUGCCCCGAUGCCUGAAAAGUACAAGCAGAAGAAAGGUGCCAAACCACGGGGUGUAUCUAAUCGGAACCGUGGUUUACAGUGGAUCAGGGCAAACGCGACCAAUGGCGUUUUUUAUUUUGCUGACGAUGAUAAUACGUAUGAUAUAAGCCUUUUCGAUGAGAUACGUAAAACGAAGAAAGUCUCAAUGUUCCCCGUGGGAUUGUGCACAAAGUUUGGCUUGAGCUCUCCCAUUAUCAAGAACGAAAAGUUCGUCGGAUUUUACGACGGUUGGAUAGCCGGCCGGAAGUUCCCUGUAGAUAUGGCAGGGUUCGCAGUGAGCGUGAAAUUCCUGCAUCAACGACCGAACGCCACCAUGCCGUUUAAGGCUGGCUACGAGGAGGAUGGUUUCCUAAAAAGUCUCGCUCCGUUCGAGCCAAAAGACAUCGAGUUUUUGGCUGACAAUUGUACGAAGGUUCUCGCGUGGCACACGCAGACUAAGAAGAACGAGCCAAGUGCACCGCUAGAUAUGAAGCUGUACGGUGAAACGAACCUGGUUAAAUUGAAACAACAGAUAGUAUGAUGUUGAAUUCUGAAUUUUCCAGCUCAAUUUGAUUUUGAAUCAUCCGUAUGUACGAGAAACAAAGUGAUUCAGUGCCUGAAGUAUCGUAAGUUACUGGUUGGUAUAGCAAUGAUUUAUUUUUAUUUUUCUUAUUUCAAAGGAAUUUAUGGGAAGUUGUGUGUUCAGAAUUAUUUGGCUUGUUCAAAGAAUUUCAACAAAUCUUAUUAUCUCGAUAUUCUUUAACAGUCAAAUGAUUUUGAAUAGAAUGUAGCUUUCUAUAAUAGCUCAAAGUUAAUCUGGAGGAAAGUGGAAGACUAGGAAGGGCAGACUACAAAUACUAAAUUUUGUUGCUAAAAGAUAUAGCUCUGCAUAGCAUAGCUUGAUAAUUAUUUUAUAUAUUAACAUUUAGGUUUGAACUGUUACUGUAAUCAGUAUGUACUCUGUAGGUCAAUGACCAAUUAGCCCGGGAAAGUGAUUCGUUUGAAUAUUAGUUGGCGCGAUGAUGUCACAGGAUGUAGGAAAACUAUAAUAGGAAAAGCCUCAUAGACGAAUACAGUGUCUCGCAUUAUCUUCCGUUUCGCUUUACAAAGCUAUUUAUUCGUUGUUCGUCCUAGGUUUAGUCAUACUUUAUCUGAGAGAGAUUUAGUAGGUUUUUUAAUAGAAUGAUAGUUACUUUUUUUGUACUUAUCGUUGUACAAAUAUUCUUUCUGAGAACAUAUCUUUGCAGUGCAAUAUUUUCGUCGUGUAUCAAAUAAGUGUGUAGAGUUAUUUCCUGCAAAAUAGUAUUUCUUUAGGUAUACAAAAGGGAUAGAAUACUUACGUUUAUAACGUAAGGAAAUACUAAUUUUUAUAAUUAAAACUAUUCUGAUUUUUCACCCCUUUGAAGAUGCUAGUUUACAUUAUUUUCAAUAAAAGGUCGCCUAUAUAUUUAUGUAUAUGAUACAUUAAAAUAAUCAGUCACUAAGGGGAUAAAAAAUACGUCGGUGCGAAAAGACAGGAAGUGCACCAGUUUUUAACGGACUUUGAAAUUUCGUAAGAAAUAAGAAUGAUUGUUAUACAAUUCACGGCAGAGAACGUUUUAGUCGUGAAAUGUGGAUAUUCAUAUCGAAUGCAUGCGUAGGUAGGGAAAAAGAAUGAAAUGCAAUGUAAUAAAAUGUUUCAAAAGGUCUGCGACAAGAUUACACUGUAAAAAUUUGUUCAUUUAAGAACGAAGGCCAAAGAUAGAAUAAAGGCGAUGAUCAAAGAAUUAUUUUAGAAUUGUAACAGACUUUUUGAAUCAACAUCUUAUUAUGCAAUAUUGAUU